GGACUGAUAAAAAAUGAAAGCUCCCAUUCCUCUUCUGAUCCUGCUUCAUGCUGUUGUGGUCCAUUGCCUGAAAGUGGUGUCGAAGAGAGGCUCAGUGGAAGGCUGCACAGAUUGGUCAGUGGACUACCUGAAAUACAAAGUGCUUCUGGGGGAACCUGUACGGAUUAAGUGCGCUUUAUUCUAUGGAUAUAUCCGGGCCAACUACACCCAUGCGCAGAGCACGGGACUUAGCCUUAUGUGGUACAAGAGCGCUGGCCAUGGGGACUUCGAGGAACCAAUCAGUUUUGAUGGCACAAGGAUGAGCAAAGAAGAGGACGCCAUAUGGUUCCGCCCAGCAGAGUUGGACGAUGUGGGAUACUAUUCGUGUGUAUUAAGGAACUCCACAUACUGCAUGAAGGUGUCCAUGUCUCUCACGGUGGCGGAAAAUGACACGGACCUCUGCUACAACUCCAAAAUGAGGUUCUUUGAGAAGGCGGAACUAAGCAAAAGCAAAGACAUCCUCUGCCCGGGCAUUGAGGAUUAUAUACAGCCAGGAGUGGAGCCUGAAAUUGUGUGGUACAAGGAAUGCAAGCCAAAGCAGUGGAGACAAACCAUAGAACGGAGGAGGGACACACUGUCCAUCAAGGAAGUACGGGAAGAUGACAUUGGGAAUUACACCUGUGAACUGCCGUUUGGGAACUUUGUGGUCCGACGGACGACUGAGCUGUCAGUCACAGCUCCCCUGACAGACAAGCCGCCAAAAAUCCUUUUCCCUUCAGAGAGCCAAAUGAGCAUCAUAGAGAUGGCAAUAGGUAGUCCUGUCAACCUGACAUGCAGAGCGUUCUUUGGAUACAGCGGAGACGUCAGUCCACUAAUCUACUGGAUGAAGGGGGAGAAGUUUAUUGAAGAUCUGGAUGAGGAGCGGGUUCAAGAGAGCGAGAUCAAGACAAUCCGGGAGCACCUGGGUGAACAGGAGGUCUCCAUCUCUCUCACCAUCGACUCUCUGGAGGAGAGCGAUCUGGGCAAUUACUCCUGCUAUGUGGAGAACGGCAACGGGCGGCGACAGGCCAACAUCCAGCUCACCAAGAAAGCUGAGCUGAUGUACACGGUGGAGUUGGCCGGCGGUCUGGGAGCGAUCCUGAUGCUGCUGAUCUGCCUGGUGACGCUGUACAAGUGCUACAGAAUCGAGCUCAUGCUCUUCUACCGGAACCACUUUGGCAGCGAGGAUAUAGAUGGAGAUAACAAGGACUAUGAUGCUUACCUGUCCUACACCAAAGUGGACCCGGACCAGUGGAGCCAGGAGACCCGGGAGGAGGAGCGUUUUGCCUUGGAGAUCCUCCCCGACGUGCUGGAGAAGCAUUAUGGGUAUAAACUCUUCAUUCCAGACAGGGAUUUGAUCCCCACAGGAAGUUUCACCAAUGAUCAUUUCCAGGAUGACACAAGACUACUUAGAGCCUACAUCGAGGACGUGGCGCGCUGCGUGGACCAGAGCAAGCGCCUCAUCAUCGUCAUGACGCCCAGCUACGUGGUGCGGAGGGGGUGGAGCAUCUUUGAGCUGGAGACGCGGCUGCGCAACAUGCUGGUGACCGGCGAGAUCAAAGUCAUCCUGAUCGAGUGCGCCGAGCUACGAGGCAUCAUGAACUACCAGGAGGUGGAGGCCCUCAAACACACCAUCAAGAUGCUGACGGUCAUCAAGUGGCGCGGCUCGUCCAGCAACAAGCUCAACUCCAAGUUCUGGAAGCAGCUGCUCUACGAGAUGCCCUUCAAGCGAAUGGAGCCCCUUAGCAUCUCCCACGAGCAGGUGCUGGACGUCAGCGAGCAGGGCCCCUUCGGCGAGCUUCAGACCGUCUCGGCCAUCUCCAUGGCAGCGGCCACCUCCACCGCCAUGGCGACGGCACACCCGGACUUGCGCUCGACCUUUCACAACUCUUGCCACACCCAGAUGAGGCAGAAACACUAUUACCGUAGCUACGACUACGACCUGCCACCCGGCGGCACGCUCCCUCCACUCUCCUCGCUAGGCAACCAGCACACCUACUGCAACAUCCCCAUGACGCUCAUCAACGGACAGCGGCCGCAGUCCAAGUCACCACGCCAGCAGAGUCUGGAGGAAGGCCACGGCAACAACGCCAUGCUGCCGCUGCUCCCCAGAGAGACCAGUAUAUCCAGUGUCAUCUGGUGACAGGGACGGUGCAGGGCGGGGUAAGACUGUGGAUCUAAACGAUGUCCAACACAGGGAGGACUCACCAAUUGGCACUUGGACCCUGAACGCACCGGAUGGACCGGAAUGGCACUAAGCUACUUGCUGCUGUUGAAUUUGCACCAGAUAAAAACAAAAGGAGGGGACGGGGAGGGGAGGAUGGGGCAUCACUGGACAAACUGGAGCUGGAGGAGGUGGUGGCAGAUUUUUGUUUUGUUUUGUUUGUUUUUGGUCCAAUAAGAGCUUUUAUUGAAACUGAACCACAAAAGUUCUACUGAACAACAAAAAAAAAAAAGAA